AUGUUCCAGCGACUCAAAGCCUCGAUCGACCGCACGAUCGCCGAAGAGCAAGCUCGCCAAAAGCCUGACCAGCCCCCGGUCCAGCGCACCCCCUCCACCUCCCGCGGCGGCGGCUCCACGGCGAAGCAGCGCAACCGGUCUCAGAAGCCCGUUCCCGACCUGCCCGCUGACGCCCCCGCGAACCCAGACCCGGCCGUCUUCGAAGCUGCUUUUAUCCUCGACGACGGCGAGGAGGCCAGCCGCGCAUCGACGCCCAAACCGCCCGGCAUGACGGCCGACGAAAAGACAGAAGGCGUCGAAGAGCUCGGCGCCGCGCAGCAGCAGUCCAACGGGGACAAGGAGAAGGACAGGUCUGAUGGCGCGGGCCAGGCCGAUGCGCCGCAGGAGCUGAGCCCGGAGAUCCGUAGCAAGCUGCGCAAACUGGAGAAGCUCGAGAAGACCUAUCCUGAGCUUCUGCGGUCGUACAGAAUCGCCCACAGCCGCGCCACUUCGAUCGAACCUUUCGAGCGAGCUCUGAAGGAACAUACGAGCGUCACGUCGAUUAAGGAGCCUGAAGCUCUUGUUGAAUACCUCGACUCCCUGAAGCAGAAGGAGCAGCUCAUCAUGGAAGAGUACAAAAAGGUCUCGAUUGAGAAGGACGAGAUGAAGAAGAAACAUCAGGCGACCGAGAGGGAGCUGGCCGAGCUGAAAGACGAGGUCGCCACUCUCAAGGCCAACAGUCACGCCACAGACGGCCCAGUCAAACCCCAGACUGAAAGCAAGGAGCCCGACGCCGCAUCCGACCCGACGAGCAAUCCUUCGUCAGUCAAGUCCCCCGUGCAGUCCGUCCUCGGCAUCUUCUCCCCCAAGCAGAAGCCUCAGGCUCUCGAAGACGACAAGCCCGCCGAAACUGAUGGGGGAGACUUCUUUUCCUACGACGACGAGGUUCCUCAGAUGCAAGCCGACGUCAACGCCAAGACCGAAGAGAUCGAGAAGCUCAAUGCCGAGGUGACCUUGCUGAAGCAAGAGCUCGCUGUUGCCAAAGAGUCCAGCUCUGAGCUCGUUCAAAACCUCGAAAAGUCCACCCGUGAAGCCGGCGAGCUCCGCGACUCAGCCGCUGUCACUGCUACACUCAAGACCCAGCUGGAAGCCAGAGACUCUGAAAUCUCCUCCCUUAACAAAAAGCUGAAAGCGACACAGGCCCAGCUAGAGGAGACCAAGACCAGCCUGUCGAAGGAGCUCGACUCACUGCGUGCAUCCUCCAAAGAGUCACAGACAAAAGCCACUGAAGCUGUCAAACGUGCCGACAAGGAGCAUGCCGAGGUUGAAAAACUUGCCAAGUCCAAGACUGAGUCAGAAAAGAAGAUCAAGAACCUCACCGAGUCGAUCGACGACUUGAAGAAGCUCAAGGCACAGGAUGUAGCCAAGAUUGCCGAGCUCACCAAGAAGCACGCUCAGGCCGCACAAGUAACCGCGAAAGCGCCGGCCCCUGCUACGCCUGCUGCUCCUGCCGCUCCAACAGCCGUGCCGGCUGCCGCGCCUACGACCGCCUCCGCAGCGUCAAAGAAGAAGAACAAGAAGAAGAAGAAGGGUGGCGCAGCAGCAGGCUCGGCAGUAGUCGAAUCUACAAGCGAGCCUGUCACCGAAACCACAGAACCCACUGCAGCUGUCGCGGCUGCGGCCGAGGACCCAAGCACCAGUUCUGCCGAGUUGGAGGCGGAGAUUGCACGUCUCAAGGACGAGGUCACGCUGCGUGACGCACAGAUCGAGCGUCUCUCGAAGCAGCGCAAGACGGAGGAGGAUCUCACCGAAGAGAUUGAGACGCUCCGAGACGAGUUAACUGACAUCGGACAAGGUCACGUCGAGUCUAAGCAGAGGAUCAAGGAGCUCGAGGAGGAGAAGGCCACACUCCAGGCCAGAAUCGAGGAGCUCGAAAGGGAGAUUGGAUCAGCGACGCACGAUGCCGAGGCCCAGGUCAAGCUGCAGAGCGAGUUUGAUGGUCUGCGCAAGGAGUACGACAACCUCAAGAUCAAAUCAACAACUCUGCAGUCAGAUCUGAGCGCCGCGGAGCAGCUUGCACAGACCCGCUACAAAGACCUGACAGACCUGCGUGAGGUGUUGCAAAAGGCUCAGCCGGAGAUGAAGGCUCUUCGACAGGACUCGGCUGCUCUCAAGACGACCAAGGAAGAGCUGGCGACUAAGAUAAGCGAGCUCCGCAACGUUGAGAAGCGAGAGAAGGAUGCCAAGACCGAACUGGCUAAGGCACAGCGGUUGACAACAGAGCGUGAAUCAGACAUCAAGUCACUGCGAGAGAAGCUCAAUGCGGAAUCAAACAGUCGAGUUCGUCUCGAGGAUGCACAGCGUGUGGCCGGGCGAGACCUACGCCGAUCUGAGGCCGAGAAGGUAGAGAUCAGUGCCCGAGAGGAAAAAGCGACUCGCGAGCUACAGGAAAUCAAGGCCGAGGCCAGCAAGUUGAGGCCGCUUGUGAAGGAGCUUGAGGAAGAGGUCGAGAAGCUGCAGUCGGAGAAGAAGUCGCUACAGAAUGAAGCAGCCCUCAAGACACAGCAAUACACCAACGCACAGAGCCUCCUGGGCAGCAUGCGCGACCAGACGGCUGAGUUAUCGACCCAGCUCAAGGAGUCACGGUCGCAGUCGGAAGCGUUGGAGGAAGAGCUAGCCGAGAUUCAGAAGCACCUAUCCGAACGCUCUCGCGAAGCGGAGCGCAUGCGCGGCAUGCUGGCCGACGUGGACGGGCGCGCAGACAGCAAAGUGCGCGAGAUGCGAUCGCGCAUGGAGGCGGCCAUCGAAGAGCGGGACAGAAUCGAAGACGAGUCGAGCACACUGGCGCGUCGCAAGUCACGCGAGACGGAGGAGCAGAAGCAGAAGAUCCGCGAACUAGAGCGCGAGGUCAAGAGUCUGGCCAUCGAAAAGGACGAACUGGAGACGAGGGAACGCGACUGGAGGCGACGACGCGAAGAGCUUGAAGGCGUCGAGGAGAAGACUGAGGCAGAGCUGACAGAGAUGCGGUCGGCCGUUUCAGAUCUACAAUCAGCCCUAGACGCAUCAGAGCAGCAGGUGCGGGAAGCGGAGAAGCAGAAGACGGACCUCCGAAGGCUGUUGGAGGAGUCAAGGCAGCGUUUCGAAAAGGUGUCCAAGGACCUCAAGACGGCACAGACCAAACUCGGGUCCAGUCUCAGCUCGGAGCGCAGCUCGAUGGAUUCGUCACGGUCAGGGGCCAAUGGAGCUGCGGGGCCUGGCGGCGCCGACAACAUGUACCUGAAGACGAUUCUGCUGCAGUUUUUGGAGCAAAAGGACAACAGGUUGAGAGAACAGCUGGUGCCGGUCCUGGGGAGGAUUCUGCAAUUCAACAAGACGGACGAAAAGAAGUGGCGCGAUGCUAUUCAGCACAUCAACGUGCGGUGA